CGCCACGAGCCGCAUCCUGCAAGAUGGACUUUCACAUGUCAAACACUUCACCGGCGAAUUAAUGCUGAGGGGUCCUGUAGGUAGUAGACACGUUUUAACAAAGAAAAAAAACAAACCGCUAUUGAGGUACAGGAGGAAGCCUUUUGGAAUGCGUAAACGGAGGUGAUGCACAUGGCACAAGAAGAGAAGAGAAUUGAUUGAUUGAUUGAUUGGUUAAUUGAUUGAGCGUUGUUUAUUAAACCAACGCGGCGAGGGAAAGGAGAAAAAAAAUCGAUCAACCGCGAUUUUUUUUGUUCAAGCUUGUCGAGCUCACCCGGACAAUGGCGGCGGUAACGAGCCCGGAAUCAAGCGCUCAGCCGCGGGUCUAUUUCCAGACGCCUCCCGGUACUGAAGAAGAAGUUCCCCAGAAGCAAGGACGCGUGACGGUGAAAUAUGACCGAAAGGAGCUGAGAAGGAGGCUCAAUCUGGAGGAGUGGAUAGUUAGCCAGUUAAUGACUUUAUACGACUGCGAGGAAGAUGAAGUACCUGAGCUGGAGAUCGAUGUGGACGAGCUGCUGGACCUGCCGAGUGAUGUCGAGAGAGCCAUCAGAGUGAAGAUGCUGCUUGUUGACUGUUACAAACCUAAUGAUGACUUCGUGGCUGCGCUCCUGGAGAAGGUGCGAGGCAUGCAGAAGCUCAACACCCCACAGAAGAAGGGGGACAUAACCCCAUGAACCACCCACCAGCUCCUCCACCACUACCACCACCGUUACCCCGUUCCUCCGCCCGCGCACGGUGGAGAAGGACACGCAGACCGUACUACUCCACUACUGCGUGUCAAACGGAGACGAGCGAGGAGCUCAGCCAAGCCAAUCUCAGCUGCAGGUUAAUCACUCCAACUGUCUUACUUUCCGUCACUACAGUUUCCUUAAUAUAUUAUUCCCAUAGAGCGUGUGCUAGUGUGUAUUUUUAGCUUCAACAUACCGUAAGAAGGCAGGACGUGUUGUGGAAUAGUUAGUGUUAUUCCGUUAUUAGGUUUUUUUUUUUUUUUGUAGGCUUAAACACUAAGUGCCAUAGGACAUGGCUUUGUGCAUCUGUAAUCGAGUAGAAAAUUAGGUUGCAGCUUUUUUUCUUCCAUGUAGAUCUCACCUAAUGUCUUUUUAUCUUUUUUUUUUUUCUUUAAUAUUAACGAUACGUUUUGAAAUGGGCUACGGCAGCUAUUAGAGACGACACAGCGAGUGACAUUGUUUUUAAAGGAAUGAAGUGUCUUAGAUUAUGAUGUACUUUGAAGUUAAACUGGGGGGGCCGGGGGGGACAAGGAAACCAGGUGGGUGGGUUUCGUUUGUUUUGUUUUGCGUGUUUGAGACUUUCCAUUUAGUAGGGUUUUCGGGCAUAACCGAAUCUAACGUAAGACUGAAUCUCUGCUUUGUGCUCUAGGUUCCUUCUGGAUGCUUUAAAACAGAAGGACAUCAAUUUCUAGAUCAACAAAUUCAAUCCGAACUGUAGCAAUACCUUGAGAGUGCAUUUUUUUUUUUU